CUUGUGUAUAUAAACACAUGUACUCCCACAUUAUUGUUUAAGGAAAUUCAUAAUUCUUCAUGGUAUGAGAGCCAUAAUCUCUCAACCCAAAAACCCUAACCCUACCCGUGCUCUCUCCCUCCCUCUCGGCGUGCUUUCUCCCAGCGCCGCACACCACGCACCCGCCGUCCUCCUCUCCUCGGCGGCAGCAGCAGCGCAGCACAGCCCCUCUCUUCCUCGGCGACGACAGCACCUUCUCUUCUCAAAUAUGGCUUCCUCUGAUAAAGCCUCAGAAAACUCAACCUCUUCCUCCUCCUCGAAUGCUCCUCAUCUUGCCUUCACAACAAUCUCCAACGUCAAGCUUCAUGUCCCGAUUCAGCUCAGCUUCUCUCAGCCCCACUACAAAAAGUGGAGUCGGCUCUUUCUCCUCCUGGUGCGCCGAUUCACCCUCCACGGCUUUCUCUCAGGUUCUACCACUCCUUCUUCUGCCGAUGAUGAUGAAUGGUACCAGCUUGACGCCCUGAUCCAAGGUUGGAUUCUCUCUACCAUCACUGACAAAGUUUCAGAUCUGGUCAUCUCCACCACCACCACCGCCGCUGAACUCUGGCAGGUUAUUCAUGCUCUCUUUCAUGACAACAAACAUGCUCGGGCGAUGCAACUCGAGCACCAGUUUAGAACCACCAUCAAGGGUUCGAUAACCAUGGCCACUUACUGUCAAACUUUGCGAAACAUUGCCGAUUGGUUGGAUGAUGUUGACGCUCCGGUCUCUGAGCCUCAACUUGUGCUUCAAAUGCUUCGUGGGCUACCCGACGAUCUCCAGGCUCAGACAUUGUUCUUGCAAUUCCAACAACCGCUGCCCACGUUCCUUCAGACCCGAUCCGCUCUCAUGCUCCUUGAACGGCAACGACAAACCAUCAUGGACGACGCCGACACGGCGCUCAUAGCUGGCCGAACCGCCAGCUCACCAUACGGCGGCGGUAGCGGCGGCUUCGGGCGCAGCGGUGGGACGGCCGGCAGUGGGCAAAACGGCAGCAGCGGCGGCAGUCGCGGGCAGCAGGGGCGCAACUCCGGUCGCGGUGGAGGCGGCCGUGGACGUGGACGAGGAAGAAACUCUGGUAUCAAUGUCCAUCGGACAGCUCAUGGUCUCUUUCUACAUCAGACACAGUUCACUCACGACAUCCUUGAGCGUGCCGGUAUGAUUACGUGUCGUCCCACCUCCACUCACGUCAAUACGAAGGCUAAAUUAUCUGGCACAUCGGGUUCCUUGGUAGCCGACCCUGCCCUCUAUCGCUCCAUCGUUGGAGCCCUCCAGUAUCUCACAUUUACUAGGCCAGACAUCUCCGACUCUGUUCAGCAGAUCUGUCUCCACCUUCACGCCCCUCGAGAAGUCCACGUCACAGCUAUGAAGCGGGAUCUCAAGACAAGUGUGAAGAUAUAGAGUAUUUAUUUUUCGUUUAGGUCUUAGCAUUUGUUGUUAAAGUUGUUAGCCUUGGUUUGCUAAGCCUCAUGUUUUGAUGUUAACAAACAAUAUAAGAGCUUGACGUUUGUUUAAGUGUUUCAGGUACAACAAGAAUCCAUUAAGAUUCGGUACUCAAGAAUGAAGUCGAAACACCAAACUAGCGUAGAAUAUAGGUAGAAACCAAUCCUCUUAAUGGUUCAGAUGUCUGAAUGGUUAAGAGAUUUGCCUCUGAAUGGUUAAGUAUUAUACAGAGUCUGAAUGGUUAAGACCUCUUAUCUGAAUUGAUCAGACAUUUGCCUCUGAAUAGUUAAGCAAUAUACUAGCUCUUAAUGGUUCAGACCUCUUACUGGUUCAGCACUUAAUGGUUCAGACCCCUUACUGGUUCAGCACUUACCCAUUCAGAAGUUGCCAAACAGCCCCUAAGUCUUCAGGCAUCAAAACGCUUAAAGAAAUAUCACAGCUUUAU